UUAUAAUAUUGCAAAAUGCAGCAUGAUGAUGUGGUUUGGAGUAUAAUAAAUAAAUCUUUUUGUUCACAUAAAGUAAAUACAAAAACACAAAGGUUCUGUCGACAUGAAUAUAAUUUAACAGGUCUUUGCAAUAGAUCUUCGUGUCCUUUAGCAAACAGUCAGUAUGCUACUGUAAGAGAAGAAAAUGGUGUAAUACAUUUAUAUAUGAAAACUGCAGAAAGGGUUGCCUUUCCAAAUAAAUCAUGGGAGAAAGUUAAGUUAUCUAGAAAUUUUGAAAAGGCUAUUCACCAAAUUAAUGAAAACUUACUGUAUUGGCCAGGUUUUAUUAAAUCAAAAUGCAAACAGAGGUUUGUUAAAAUAACACAAUACUUAAUUCGAAUGAGAAAAUUGAAACUACGAAGACAAAAAUUGAUUGUACCACUUCAACGUAAAAUUGAACCACUUCAACGUAAAAUUGAACGACGAGAGAGAAGACGUGAAGAAAAAGCUUUGGUGGCUGCUAAAAUUGAUAAUGCUAUUGAAAAACAAUUGUUGGAUAGACUUAAAAAGGGAACAUACGAAGAUAUAUAUAAUUUCCCUCAAUUAGUAUUUGACAAAGCGCUCACUGCUGAAGAAAUAUCAGGAGAUGAAACCGAGGAAGAAGAGGAACCUGAAGUAGAAAAAGAGAUUGAAGUAGAUCAAGAUGUUCGAAAAGAACUUGAAAUGGAUGAUGAUGAAGAGUUUGUAGAAGCAAACACUGAUGAUGAAAGUGAUGAUGAUGAAGUGCAAGAUAUGAGUGAAGAUGAGGAAAGUGAUUCAGGGAAUAGAGAGUCUGUAGAAUUAGAUAGUAGUUUUGAAUCUGAAACGUCUGAUAUAGAGGAUGCUAAAUUGCCAGGCCCAUUCAAACCGAAGAAAAUUGAUAAUAGUUCUAAGUUACGUAAGGUGAAAUCGAGCAAAGUAUUACGUAAACCUAGAGUUGAAAUUGAAUAUGAAAUGGAAUAUGAAAAUGAUAAACGAAAUAGGGCUGUUGAAUAA